GGAACUGGAUUAUGCCAUGCUGCGCCGACUGGAGAAGAGGAUUCUGGUUGACCUCCCAAAUCAAGAGGCCCGGCAAACCAUGAUCCAGCAUUGGCUUCCCCCAGUGAGCAACAGUGGAGGAGUGGAGCUGAGGACGGAACUGGAUUAUAAUUUGCUCAGCCAGGAGACGGAAGGCUACUCGGGAUCUGACAUUAAGUUGGUGUGCAAAGAGGCAGCCAUGCGCCCUGUGAGAAAAAUCUUCAGCGCUCUUGAAAAUCACCAGCCAGACAGUGGAAACUUACCAGUGAUUCACCUGGACACAGUCACAACCGAAGACUUCCUCGAUGUCAUUUCUCAUACCAAGCCCUCUGCUAAGAAUCUAAGUCAAAAAUACGUUGACUGGCAAAGAGAAUUUGAGUCGGUUUGAGCGGAGUUUAAGAUCUGGAACAAUCCUCCACGUUUCCAGCUCCUCCACUCCACCCAACACAUUUAUGAAAAGUGUAUUUUUAAGAAAAGAAAAAAGAGAAGAAGAAACUUGCCGCUUUCCGAUCUGGCUACUGAAGUUUUGAUGAUGGAGAAGAGGCUGCCAAUUGUGAUUUGGAGAAAGCUCGUUCUAUCUUUUCAUCUGAUAGCUUGAGACUCAUACACAAGGCGAACCCCCCCCCCCCCAAUUUUAGCACUUUGACCAUUUUUAAUUUUUGUAAUUAAACACGACCGGCUGUUUUUAUUUCUGUGUUACCUAGAAGACUUUUGGGAUCCAUUUUGCUGACUUAAUAUUUGCUGCUAUACUUUUCUUCCUUAGUGGGACCAGAUAAUAGGAAGGGAUAAAGAGAAACAUUAAUUGGGCCUUCU